UAAAUUUAGAUUUAUCACCAAAGUAGCAAUGGAUGCUAAGAUGACAGAUAACUCUGCCCCAAAUAAGCCACAAGAGACAAAUAUGAUGCCUAUGGAGUUUGGGACCAACAAGUAUAAACAAAAGAAGGGAGACACAGGUGGACAUCAGAGAGAAGACUACAAGAAAGCCCUACACACUGGCCAUUUUCAAGAUGCUUCCAAUAAACAGGAUAUCCAUGAAGAAAGAAUUAAUGCUAAGGAUCUUUAUAAGAUGCAAAAGCAGCAGGAAAAGGAAAACAGUAAAAUGGAGGCAGAAAUACUUGAUUGGAAAAAGAAGGAAGACCAAUUUGAGUUCAAACAGAUGGUUCUCAGAUCCAAAAUCAGGCUUGAAGACAAUCGCCCUCAACCUAUAGACCAUCUCGCCAAGCUCUACUUGAUUCUGGAUGACCAUAUUGAGAUUCCUGGGGAUAUCCAAUCAGAUAAAGUUCGCUUGCCGUUCAAAAUAUUUGAAAAGCUCAAAGUAGACGAACUAGUCACUCUCAAACAAGACCUUGAGGUCUACCUUGAAGCAGAGAGUGACUCCAGUAUUCAUGAUGAAUACUGGACAUCCAUAAAGCAGCUAUACGACAUCAAGAUAAUGGCUCUAAACGAUGAAAACUUCUCAAUUGACCAAGAAAUUCUGCAAGAGAUCCAAAAGCUCAUCUCAGAAAAAUCAGUCGGGGAGUUGAGUCUGAUCCAGAGAGACAUUGAAAACAACAUGGAAGACCCUGAGUUCAUCGAAGAGAUAGAUUACUGGCAUACAUGCAUCACAAAGAUUAGGGAAAGGAUCUCAAAAAUGAAGCUAGACAAUCUCUAUCUCCACUUUGUGACUCAAAAUUCAACCAAAAUAGAGGAAGCUGUCAAGAAAGCACAGGAAGAAAAGGAGAGGAUCACUAAGGAACAACAGUCCCUUGCUUCCUCUAUGAACACUGAGAAAGCUAAGGAAUAUAUUGAGAAGUUGCAGAAAGAACUAGAGGCUCUGAAGAAGGCUCAGGAUAGUCAUAACAUGCAGGUACCUACAGCUGCUAGUAUUGAUCACAAAACUCCUGCGAAUGUGAGGUUCGACUUGAACGAUACCUUCUCGUACAACAACAUGGACUCUGCUUCCAUCCCUCAGCUCAAAGAGGAAGAAGAUAAGGAUUAUGAAGAAGACGAGAAUGAGUUCACUGAGGAUGUCAUUUUCUUCAAAGGAAUGGAGUACUCAUGGAGUGGCAAAUACAAGCCUAGAAAGCCAAGGUUCUUCAACAGAGUAAAGACAGGGUAUGAAUGGAAUGCCUACAACAAGGCUCAUUUCACUAUGGAUGAUCCACCACCUAAGAUUGUACAGGGGUACAAGUUUAAUAUAUUCUACCCUGAUUUGAUCAACAAGCAAGAAACUCCACAAUAUUUCCUCGAAAAUUGUGAAGACCCAGCCAAGAUUAGGAUCAUUUUCAGAGCUGGUCCUCCUUACGAAGACAUAGCAUUUGAAAUCGUCAAUAAAGAGUGGGAAAUUGGAGAAAGAAAUGGGUUUAAGUGUGAAUUUGACAGAGGAAUUUUGCAUCUAUACUUUAACUUUAAAAGACAAAGAUUCGCAUAAAAUAUACAUCAUAACGUUCAUAAUUCAGUUUUAAACACCUUAGACCACCUUUGAAACAUGUUGUCUCCACUUUUAAACAUACUUUCAACUUCUUUUCCGAUAUCAUAAAUUCUCAAUUCCUUUUGUCUGAAUAUCUUCCUGAGCUCUGGAGAUUUGACUAGAGCUACAUUCAUCUGAUCGCUCGUAAACAGCUCAUGGGAUAACAAGUACAUCCAGAGGGUAGACUUGACUUCUUCUACAGGUGCUGAUCACGGUAAGCUUAGCAAUGAGAGCAGUUCAUCUCACCUAUCUUGAGCUGUCACUACUCUGAAGAAGGAAUUCAAGGUACCAUGUUUAGCAUUCAGGGAAUUCUUUUUCCCAGCUUCAUAAGUCAAAGCAAGGGAAGUCUCCUGCUCUCUGAACGGUACUGUUACAGAGCUUGCAACAGAGCCUGUAAGGGAGUAUAUCGAAGAAUCUUGUGAUGACCCAACCUCAGUAUUUGGAGACAUCAAUUUCUGAUAAAAUUUCCCUGGGAAUGGGUUCGCAAGAAAUUUUAAAACAUGUGACAUAUCAAAUUUUUGAUAAACAGAAGUGAUUCUUUUCAAAUCAUAGCAUCAGAAAAAUA